CGACCGCGAGACACACGGAGGUAACAAAGACUCGUGCCGUCUCUAUCGUACGUCGCAGCCGGUGACGAGCGCGGCUUCGUGCGGUGGCCCACGGUUUGCUGACUUCGAUUGCGUCAGUUCAGCAUCAGUAGUUCUUUGUCGCUGGAUCGGGUUAGAAGGGGAUCGAUUCUUGGCGACUACGAUCGUCCACCUAGGUUCACACCCGUUCGCGACUUGUUUGUGCGCUCAGUUCUCUUCGACCUGUUGUUUUUUAUUUUAUUUGGAGUGUUCGUGAGUGUGUGUGUGUGCGCGCGGUAGUGAAUGAGGUACAUCCAUCUUGCUCGCACGCUGCUUCUUGAAGUUUGUACCCUACUUAGUGAUAAAUGUUUCGAGGUUUUUAUCGCUCCGUAGAACUCGCUCUUGCUUGAAGUUACUAGGGGCGUCGUCGGAGCCCUGUGUGUCAGUGCCUGAGUCAGAAGUUCACUGGACAUUGGUCAGAGUGAACGGUUCGUUUGGAAGAUGCGAUAAUAGUGUGACUAGGUGCGACCGUCCUGAGCUUGUGAAGAUACUGUAGAAACGCCGUGAAGGGCUAGUGACAAGUGCUCCAUAAACACCUCCUCAAUAAUCGAGUGUAUUUGAAGUGCGAGUGCGCGAAAAAAAAAAGAGUCGCCCGAUAAGACCCAGCGAUGGAUAUCCUGCAGCAGGAGGUGCGCGGCAUCGCGCUGGCCAACCUGUCCGAGGUACAAUCGGCCCCGGUGUACAACCAGACGACCGUGCCGCUGAAUCGGAAGGAUUCGCGCAACAUGGACCAGGCCGUGAUACGGAACAACACGGCGAACUCGUACCCGUCGAACCACGACAUCGAGGGACACAUCCGGCCGUUCCAGAAUUUGCCUGCCCGCGAAGCGGUCGACCUACAGUUUAAAGAUGUGUCGUACUGCGUCAGUCUCGGGUUUCGCAAAGGCCAGAAAGAGAUCCUGCACAAGGUGAAUGGCAAAUUUCCUGGUUCGCAGCUGAUCGCCAUCAUGGGACCGUCCGGUGCGGGCAAAUCGACCCUGCUGGACGUCCUGUCCGGCUACCGGAAAACGGGCGUCGAAGGUGCGGUCUACGUGAACGGGCGCAUCCGCAACCUGAACAGCUUCCGGCGGAUGACCUGCUACAUUACGCAGGACGAUCGUUUGCAGACGCUGCUGACGGUGCUGGAGAACAUGCGCAUUGCGGCGGAUUUGAAGCUGGGUCCGGAGGUCUCGCGCCACGAGAAGGAGUCCAUUAUUGAAGACAUUCUGACUGUGCUGGGACUGUACGAGCAUCAGUUCACCAUAACCAAGCGUCUAUCCGGCGGCCAGCGCAAGCGUCUCUCGAUCGCACUGGAGCUGAUCAACAAUCCUACCAUUAUGUUCUUGGACGAACCAACGACUGGACUGGACAGCUUCUCGUGCAAUCAGGUCGUGGACCUGCUCAAGCAGCUCGCCAAACAGGGCCGCACGAUCAUCUGCACCAUCCAUCAACCGUCCGCCAAGUUGUUCCAGGAGUUCGACCAGGUGUACGUACUCUCGAACGGCGAGUGUAUGUAUCAGGGCUGCACCAACAGCCUGGUACCGUUCCUUCAGUCCGUCGAUAUGCCCUGCCCGGUAUAUCACAAUCCUGCCGACUAUGUGAUCGAGCUUGCGUGCGGAGAGUACGGGGACGAACGCAUCCAGCGGAUGGUGAUGGAGAUGGGCAACGGUGAAUGUACCGAGUGGUUCACCGACAAGCGGAAACUGCUGAAGCUCGAGCAGCUCCGGAAGAAACACCCGCUGAAGAAGAUCAUCGAGCAGAGCGAAGACCUGACGGCGACGUCGCAAGUCCAUCAGCUGCAGGUUCUGAUCAAGCGUGGCAUUAUCAAGGCAAAGCGGGACGCUACCCUCACCCAUCUGCGUAUCGGGGUGAACAUCGUCAUCGCCGCUAUGCUGGGCUUUCUGUUCAUCGAUGCCGGCAACGAGGGUUCGCGCGUACUCGACAACUACAAUCUACUCUUCUCGAUCCUGAUGCACCACAUGAUGGCCACGAUGAUGCUGACCGUGCUGACAUUCCCCACCGAGAUGGGCGUUAUACUGAAGGAGCACUUUAAUCGAUGGUAUACGCUCAAGUGUUACUACCUCUCGGUCUCGAUCAUCGAUCUACCGCUGUCCGUGUUCUGCUGCCUGAUCUUCACCGUCAUCAUCUACCUGAUGAGCGGCCAGCCAAUGGAAUGGUUCCGUUUCGGCAUGUUUUUCACCAUCAGCCUGCUGAUCGUGCUGAUAGCGCAGAGUCUCGGGUUGACGAUCGGAGCCUGGUUUAACGUGGUGAAUGGUACCUUCCUCGGCCCGGUGCUCACCAUCCCGAUGAUGAUGUUUGCCGGUUUCGGUGUGACGCUGCGCGAUCUGCCAAGCUACCUGAAAUGGGGCAGUCACAUCUCUUAUCUACGGUACGGUUUAGAAGGCUACGUGAACGCAAUCUAUGGCGAAAAUCGGGAGACGCUGGACUGUGAGCUGAAGCCGUACUGCCAUUACAGAUAUCCUGCCAAGUUCCUGUCCGAGAUUUCCAUGGAAGGCGAUCAGUUCUGGAAGGAUGUGUACGCUCUCUGUGCCACGCUGCUGUUGGUGCGCGUGUUCUGCUACUUCUGUCUCCGAUGGAAGGUUAUGUCGGUGCGGUAAACACGUCCGCACCAAAGUCAGCUCUUCGUUGGAGCUUUCGUUCGGGAGCACUCGAUACGAUUAAAUGUGAUGCCAAGCAAUCGGUGGAUGUGAUUUGCAUUACCCGACACGACACCAAAAAUGGGUUUUCCAAAACAUUUUCUUGUUACCAGCCAAUUGCGCUUAUCGGACGGUGCUAAAGAAUGCGCCAACUUGCGCACGCGAUAACGCAUAUCGCAAUGCAUUUCAGUGACUGUACAUAUAAAAAAUUCCCCCUACGUCCAGCAGGACGUGCGUCUAUGGUUUAUCAACCACCGCCGUGCUAUUUAGCUUUAAGUUUGGUUUGCCGAGCGCCAUCUUGUUGCUGUUUGAGGAGAUUUCGCGUCCUUAAGCAAAAUAAUGAAAUGUCCCAUAGGAUAUAGUAGAGCUACAAAUUAGUCAUCGAUAGUCAAUAAAAUGUUAAACCUGCGUUUUACAACUUA